AAGUGACACAUGCACUACCCGCUCUUUAUCAUUAGCUGUCAGACAGAUGCCUGCGACAGUCGGAGAGUUAGAGUUUCGGAGGAAGGACAACGGGGACUAUAGAACAGACUGAUCAAAAGAUAUGGAGUGGCAGUCGAUUUUUGUCGCCAAUUGAGACCCGUUUGGUAAGAGUUGAGCUUGUUUCGUUCCUAUACACAGUGUUAUUUACUACUCAUUAAUGCCAAUAUCGUUUGAACUGCUCUUGCGCAAUGGAGCCCUAAAUAGUUGCAUGUUUUCUUUAAAAAAGAGAACCGUUUUAUACCUUGGAGACUUUGGAAACUUUACAGAAGAGCAACAAGAGAAAGGGAAACAAUUUGGGGGAAAUCCACUGAAUCAGAAUGAUUCAACAAUGCCAGCCCAUUGGUCACAGACGUCAGUUCAAUGUCUAGUUUUGAGUUGUCAACUAACCGUGAAUUCAACCUGAAAUCAACCAAACAUGUCACCAUGUCAUUGGAUUUAGGUCAAAAGUUGGGUGGCAAAAAAUUGUUUCCCAGGUUGACUCAAGGUCAUCAAAUUGAAAUUUUUGCUUGAAAUGAGUGGAAAGAAUGUUGAUUCAACCGUUUUUUCCCCAGUGGAAUGGGUCUUAACACUUACCAUAGCCCUUUCUGCUGCCAAACAAGGGUGACUUUAAGAGCUUGAGGCGGCACACCACAAAACUGACAGCCUGACACACACACACACACUGAGCCUCGAGUCAUGCUGUCGAACGAGAGCUGCGAGAACAGCACCCAUAUCCACACGGACGGGAACCCGGUGGUGAGCACGGUGAUGUUCAUCCUGGGGGUGAUGGGGAACUUCAUCGCCCUGGCCAUCCUGGGUGUCCACCGGAAGGAGCGGCGCACCAAGUCCUCCGUCUUCUGCAUCCUGGUGACGGGACUGGCCCUCACUGACCUGCUGGGUACCUGCUUCCUCAGCCCCCUGGUGUUUGUGUGCUACGCCCGCCAGCGGUCCCUGCUGGGGCUCACUGGGGACCAGGGACUCUGUGGCCUCUUCGCCUUUGCCAUGACCUUCUUCGGCCUGGCCUCAAUGCUCAUCCUGUGUGCCAUGGCCGUGGAGCGCUGCCUGGCCAUCAGCCACCCCUAUUUCUACUCCAAGUGCGUCCGACGCAGCUUCGCCAAGGUGGCCCUCCUGCUUAUCUACGUCUUUACCUGCGCCUUCUGUGUUUUGCCAUUCUUCGGCUACGGCCGCCACAAGCAGUACUGCCCGGGCACGUGGUGCUUCAUCAAGAUGGAGGCGGUGGGCGAGGGGGUGGACGAAGAGAGGAAGGUUCUGGCAUUCUCGCUGUCCUACGCCUCGSUCAUGGCGCUGCUGAUYGUGGCGGUGUUUGUGUGCAACGGSUCGGUGAUYGUCAGCCUGUGCCGGAUGCACCGCAGCCAGAUGACACGGCGUGGUUCGGUGGUGAAYGGAGGGAGGAAGAGGAAGAUGAGUCUGGGCUGGUUCGGACAGGGGGAGGAGGAGAUGGACCACCUGAUGCUGCUGGCCUCCAUGACGGUCAUCUUCGUUGUCUGCUCCUUGCCGCUCACUAUUGCCGGUUUCGCCAAUGCCAUCGAGCCGGUGGGUGACGACCAGGAGAACCUGCUGGCAUUCCGUUUCCAGGCCCUCAACCCCAUCGUUGACCCCUGGGUGUUCAUCAUCUUCCGCAAGUCCGUGUUCCGCCACCUCCGCCUGCUGCUGCGCUGCCGCUUCACGGGGGGAGCGGUGAAGAACACGGCCCACUGCACCGUCUCCUUACCCCCUGACGACCACAGGGAGUCUCCCAAGCCCUCGCCCUCCGUCUCCCUGCAGCCCAAGCUAUACUCCAGCCGGCCCCUCUGAUGUGAGGGGUGGGACCCGGGGCAGGAAAGAGGAUGAGAGUUAUGGAUGUAUGUAUGUGGGAGAGCAGACAAUGGGGGAAGGGGUUCUGGAUAGAGGAUUUGGAGUGUUCACUUUGCUGACCACCAGUUCUUACAGGUGCCUUAUCCGCUGUUAACUAGAAUACAUAUGCGUAUACUGAUGCAUGAGCUACAUAUUUCAUACAUGGCCGUGCCGUAUAAAAAGACUGCAAAGGAGUGGAAAAUGUGCAAACAUGGAUAAAGUGAUUGGUUGUGCCUUUAAACUCACUGAAAACUUAACUCAAAGCAACUGAAAUGGACAGAAACUCCUGUUCGGUACUGAAUGUAUGCAGGAGAGGACCACUAAGAGGGAUUUAAUAUGGACAACCAGCCCUGGAAGGGCAAAGGUCAGGUCAAUGAGCUCUCUGUCAACGUACAGUACAUACAGUGCCUUCAGAAAGUAUUCAUACCCACUUGACUUAUUCCACAUUUUGUGUUACAGCCUGAAUGAAAUACGUGUUAAAUCGAUCUUUAUUCUCACCCAUCUACCCACAAUGCCCCAUAAUGACAAAGUGAAAACAUGUUUUUAGAAAUGUUU